UGCCUGCUGCACCGCGCGCUGCUCUCCCGCGACGCGGCCGCCCUCAAGCGCGCGCUGGACGGCGUGGCGCGCGUGGACGGCACGGACGGCGUGGGCCGCACGGCGCUGCACGUGGCGGUGGCGCUGCGAGACGAACGGGCGAGCGCGCGACUGCUGCGCGAAAGGUGCGACGUCGACGCGCGCGACGCCCUGUUCGCGCUCACGCCGCUGCAGUUCGCCGACCGCCACUACCGGCCGGCCGCGACGGCGGCGCGAGGCGGCUGGUUCAUGAUGGAGCCCGUAAUGAAGCUGCUGAUAGAACAUGGUAUGACAGAAUAUGAUUACAUCUAUGCUUUGCACAGAGCUGAAAGCAAAUUCCAGAGCAAAAUUGUGCACAUUUUAUUGACUCACCCUCUGUCACAGUGCUCUGAGGAAACUUUUGCAAUAGUAAGAGGCGGAAUGCCAACUCUAAAAGAAUCAGAACAACUCAGACUUAGCAGACAGUUAUUCGAAGAACACAGAAAAGAUCACAAGACAGAACAGUGCAAUGUACCUCUCCACUGCUUGGCCUACGAAGGCAACGCCACGACAUUGCAGAAAGAACUGUCUUCCCCAGCGAUCGAUCAUCGACAUCUGAUGUUCGGCAUGACCCCACUCCACAUAGCGGUGCACAAAAGACACGUGGAAUGCGCGAAGUUCCUCGCAGACUACGACCAUUUCGUGAACCACGCAGAUUCUGAUCGAUUCACCCCGUUGCACUGCGCCGUUGAAAUCGGUCACGUAGAAAUGGUGCAGUUGCUCUUGAAAAAAGGAGCAAGUGUUGCUUUGGGAGUCGAGUCCGGACUCACUCCGCUUCAUCUCGUUGCUCUAUUAGACCGAAUCCCGUGUCUUGCCCCGCUGCACGAGAACGGUUCCGACCCGAACUCGACUGACGAUUACGGAUUCACCCCUCUGCUCAUCGCCGCAGCAAUGGGGCGCAUGACCUUGACAGAGAAACUCCUCGCCUUGGGCGCGGACCCUAAUUUGAAGUCCUCCAGAGAGUCUUCUCCCCUGCACUUCAUCGCAGAGCGAGACGACGAACCGGCUGCCAAAUGCUUGUUACAGAACCGAGCGAACCCCCACGAAACGAACAACUUUGGACGUGCACCUGUGCACGUCGCCGCCAGACAUGGAUCUCUGAACGUCAUCAAAACGUUACAAGGCUUCGGGGCCGAAAUCAACUCCCUAAGCCGGGACGGCAAAACCCCACUGCACUACGCCUGCUUCGGCGGCCAGCAGGAAUGCGUCGACUACUUGCUGGCGAACGGAGGCAUCGUCGAUCACAGGGACUCCCGCGGCUUGUCGGCGAUUCACUGCACGGCCUACGCAGGCCGCGAGCAAGUCGUCAGCAGGCUGCUGACGGCGGGGGCGGCGAUGAACCAGACGACGCGUUUCGGGACCACGCCGCUCACGCUGGCCGCCUACAACGGGCACUUGCCGUCCGUCGAGCGCUUCCUGCAGCACGGCGCGGAAGUGAACGGGUGGAACGGCGGCGGAUACGGUGCUCUGCACGCGGCCGCCGAAAACGGACACGUGAGCGUGGUGGAGGCGCUUUUGGACGCAGGGGCCAACCCGAACGCCAGACCGGACGUGGGCGCGGAAAGCGCUGGAAGGAAUACCGUCGGCCUCACGCCGCUGUUUCACUUCCGUUCGUUUUCCCGCGAUUCCGACGAAGCGAGAAAGCGCCGGGAGGAGUUGGAGAGUCUCGCGGAGCCCGGGGAGAGCGGAGACCACACGUCAAACGCCGGCGGCACGCCCCUCACCCUAGCCGCCAGCAACGGCCACGCGCUGUGCGUCGACUGUCUACUGCGACGCGGGGCACAGGCGGAGCUGCGGGACGGCGGCGGGUUCGCGCCUCUGCACAGGGCGUGCCAGGCCGGCCACCUGGACGUGGCGGAGGCGCUCUUGAAGGCCGGGGCGUCCGUCAACGCGGCGUGCGGCGACGGAACGCCCGUGUACCUGGCGGCCAGCUGUCGGAAGUGGGACUGCGUUGACUUUCUGCUGACGAGCGGAGCCGACGUCGACGGCGUCCACUCGAAGGUCACUCUUCUACACAUCGCCGCCAAGCACGGGCAGCUGCAG